UUCUCAUAGAAUCCGCCACUUAGGGUUCAUAGCAGCCAGAGAGAGAGACAAGUGAGAGGGAUCUACCAAACGAAGCAACAAUGGUGAAGUUCUUGAAGCAGAACAAGGCCGUGAUCCUUCUUCAAGGACGUUACGCCGGAAAGAAAGCCGUCAUCAUCAAAUCCUUCGACGACGGUAACCGUGAUCGUCCUUACGGACACUGCCUCGUCGCCGGACUCAAGAAGUACCCGAGCAAAGUCAUCCGCAAAGACUCAGCUAAGAAGACAGCUAAGAAAUCUAGGGUUAAGUGUUUCAUCAAGCUUGUUAAUUACCAGCAUCUGAUGCCUACUCGUUACACACUCGACGUGGAUCUCAAGGAAGUGGCGACUCUUGAUGCUCUUCAGAGUAAGGAUAAGAAGGUUGCUGCUCUUAAGGAAGCUAAGGCUAAGCUUGAGGAGAGGUUCAAAACCGGUAAGAACAGAUGGUUCUUUACCAAGCUCAGGUUCUGAAGAAAUUUUCUAUUUCGUGAGGAAUUCAUUUUGAGCGUUUUGUUAUCGUGUUUUUUAGUUUCUAGGGUUCAUUUCCCAUGGUGAAAAAUGUGGAUCCUGUUUUGGAUUGUGGAAGAUGUUUUGUUGAAGUUUGGAUUAUGGAUUUGAUCUUUUAUUUUGAUUCUCUAAUGCAUUCUUAUUUACUCUUUUGUUUCCGUUGAAUUAUAUUUGCUUAGGCUUGAGGAAAUGAUGAAUUUAGUAACGUCUUUAGGCUGAUAUUGGUUAAAAUCUGGAGGUCCAUUGCAAAGAAUUCUUGUUCAUAGCCUUAGUUAGAAAAUUAUAGAUGUUCAAGUUUCGUAAUCUUCGAAAUUGAAUUUGGUGUUACUAAUUGUCUUAAUC